AUGAAUGCCACUCCAGCGCUUGGAUAUGCGCCUGGCGUCUCGCUGGCCCCGCAACAACACCAAGCUUCUCCAACAGCAGCCAGUUUUGGUUCCAAUAACCCCUUCCGAAACCGCGCUCUUUCGCCCUCAGUUGCUGGAUCUAUUUCAUCGAACAACCGUCCGGAACGCCCACGCUCUACAAACCCAUUCUUAGAUGACACGGAGGCGAUGUCUCCGCAGUCAGCCCCUGGCAUGUCAACUGGUGUCAGCAUGAUCUCUCCGAUUGAGAAGAAUGAUAUGUCGAGCAACACUCGGGAGCUCUUUGAGUCCCUCUCUCUCAAGCCUGCUCCACAGCCAAAUCGUCCUCGGCCCGCGGCAUCUGAUGCCACUCAACGCGCUCCCUCGAAUCGCAACAGACCCCCAAGGGAGCGCCCGGAGCGCCCACCAGGACGAUCGGCAGCGUCGAAAGAGAAAGAUCCGCUUGACAUAUUCGCCGAUCCCCCUACUUCGUCCCAAACUGCCAAGGACAAGGCGCCCCGUCGUCCCCGGCGGAACUCGGAGUCUUCCGUAAUGGACCGAGGCUCGAAGUUGUUGGAUGUUGAUGACGACGAGAAGCGCCGACGCGAACGGCGUCAUCGCGACCGAGAGGGUCGUAGCAAAGAUGGCAAAUCGCGCUCGGGCCGCAAGGACCGACGACUUGAUAUCAUUGAUAAGUUGGAUGUGACGAGUAUCUACGGUACUGGAAUGUUCCACCACGAUGGUCCGUUUGAUGCCUGCAACCCCCAUCGCAAUCGCCGUGGCGUGCGUACCGCGCCAAUGCAAGCCUUCCCCAAAGGUUCCACCAACAUGGCUCUGGGCGGCACAGGCCCCAACAACUCUAACAUCGAUCUCAAUCUUUUCCAUGGCACAAUGGAGGAAGGCCACAACGACUUCUCCACCGCUGCUCGCCGCAAUGCUGAGACGGGCGUCAUAGAUCCUACUGCCCGAGUGGACCCGAUUCAUGGACCCCAGACUAUGGGACUGGGAACCAGCACCUUCCUCGAUGGAGCUCCGGCUAGUCGAUCUGCCAUGGCACGCCGUCAAAGCGAGAAUGAAGGCAGUCUGGCACCGAAUGGUGGUGGCCUUGCACGAAAGAAGAGUUUGGCUCAGCGACUACGUGGACGAGGUGCUGGACCUGGCCGCAUUGCUUCUCCAACCGACAAUUUUGCCCCCGCUGCGCCACAGGUGGGCUCCAGUCAUUCUGGAUCCGCCCGUGCCAAUGAGAGAAACCCCUACUUCCAAGAAGAGGAAUACGAGGAAGAGUGGGACAAGAAGGGAUCGAGUAUCGAAGCUCGCCUUGAGGGCGGCCGAGUUCGAUCGUCUAGCAGCCCCAAGCAAAUGGAGCGCAAGACCACCAACGACCGACCUUACGAAGAGUCGAAGCUUAACCCUGGUGGUGGUGGCGGGUUCUUGAACCGGAUGAAGAGUCUGCGCAAACCCAAGCCGGAAAGACGGACCAGCGACUGA